GCAAUCAAACAGUCUUAUAAAUACCUUCUUUUCUCCCUUUUACCAAAGUUCCCAGCACACACAGACAUUAAGGUAGAGUUGAAGAAGGUAAGUUCAGAAAAAGAAAAAAAUAAGGAAGAAUGGGUUAUGUGUCUGUGAAAGCCGUUUUAGUUUCCACCGGGGUUUUAUCAAUGGCAAUGGGUUUGAAACUCACACUCCCUUUGCUCUCGCAUUUCUUUCUCACCCAAGCUCCACACGUCUGGACCUUCUUUCUCACCUGCUUCACUCCUCCCUACCUCUACAUCCUCCUCAACUUCAUCAUCCUCACCAUUCUCGCCUCUUCUAAACUCAAUAACCACCUCCACCACCACUCCCCGCCGGAAACCGCCCUCCUCCUCCCCUCCGACCCGCCUAUUUACGACCGUCCUCUCCUCGCCGUCCAGAUACCCGCUCCUGACGCCCUCCACCUAUCCCCCGCCGCACAAACUGACUACACCGUAUCUUCUGACCAAUACCUUUACCAGACGAAACCGACGCUGAAUAACGAUGCGCUCAGCGAAGGCAACGCUUCUGCCGGUUGUAUUCACGACGAGAACACGCCGGUGAAAGCGACGGUUCAUGACGACGAUGCCGCUGCCGUUCUCUCCCCGAGCCUGCUGAGAAAAGAUUCAUCGGACUUUUCCUUCGCAGAUGAGAACGAGAAACCGCCUGUUUCUGCCAGAUUCAGCCACCGGAAAACGGUUAGAGCCAGUCCAGAAGGGGGGAAGGUUGUGGCGUUGGGAGUAGCGAAGGCGAAGAAGCAGGAGACGUUGGAGAGCACGUGGAGGACGAUAACGGAGGGGCGAGCGAUGCCGUUAACUAGGCAUUUGAAGAAGGCGGAGACGUGGGAGACGCAGGGGACGCCGUUGAGGGAUUUGAACGGUGGACCUGUGAUGAAGAAAUCAGAGACGUUUGCCGGGAGGGAGAAGAACGCGUCGACGAGGCUGAGGAAGGAGCCAUCGCUGAGUCAGGACGAAUUGAACCGGCGAGUGGAAGCGUUCAUCAACAAGUUCAACGCGGAGAUGAGGUUGCAGAGGCAGGAGUCGCUGAGGCAGUACAGGGAGAUGAUGAAUCGAGAAGCUCACUGACACACAACACCACAUUUUGCUUUUCUUCAUUAACUACUCCAAUGAUCCAAUUUGGGGGAAAACGAAGAAAACAUUACCUCGGAGCUUUUCUUUUCAAACCAGAAACGAUGAUUGAGUUCGAUGAGUAUAAAGCAGGGUGUGUUGCCUUGGUUUAGUGUGAAUCAUGGAAAAUGUUUUGAGGAUAUUUUUCAAUUUCCAUGAAUGGGAUUAUUAUUUUUUUGGUUCUUUAUUAUGUUAACAGUAAGGUUUCAUCUUC